AUGUCGUCCUACCAGCCAGCCCCACAGAUCAAGGAAGAGACGGAGCAGGUCGAGCAGACAGCUAUUCUGGUCGCGAUUGGCGGACAGUUCGAGAGUAUCGGCCAGCAGAUGCAAAGACUCCUUGGGGACGCAAAGUUUGAGGAAGCGUACCGCUCUGAGCAGCGGAAGCUACAGCAGAGCGUAGCGGGGUACAAGAAACUGCAGCUCGAGAACGACAGCUUAGCGCGAACCAACACUUACUACCUAAAAGAGCUGAUCCCCAACUACGAGAGCGUCUUGCAGCUCCAAAAGCAAACCCUCGAGGAGACGGAGGCUGAGAACCUGGAGCUCAAGGCCAAGACCAGGGUCCUGGAGGAGAAUCACGCACGGGUACUGGAGCUGCUGAAGACGCAGGAUCAGAAGCUAGACGGGCUCCGGGCGGAGAUCCAGGUCUUAUUUGAGGCCAGGCUUAGUCAUGACCCGCAGUCGCCUCCCGCUAUACGGAAACGGCUGAGGUCUUGCAGGCUUGUCGAGGAUGCACCCGCGAGGAGGGUCAUGAAGUGCAGAUUGGAGAAGCCUACUGAAAUGAAACUAGGUGCAUGA